AUGAAGUUUUCAACCUACAUCGCUCCUCUCAUCUCAAUUCCUCUGGUCUUCGCCAGCCCCAACCCCAACAACGACCACUACUACCCACCUCCCCCCAAGACCAAGACCGUGACCGCAACAGUCACCCACGCCGUCACCAAGCCCAUCUACAAGCCUCCCGUCACAAAGACCGAGACCGUCACCAAGUACGAGACCGAGACCGUGGCAAAGUUUACGUGGAAGCCCCCCAUCACCAAGACCGAGACCGUGACAAAGUGGAAGCCCCCCGUCACCAACUAUGUCACCAAGACUCAGACCGACACCAUCACCAAGUGGAAGCCUCCUGUCACCAAGACUCAGACGGAAACCGAAACCGACACGGUCACCAAGUACAAGUGGAAGUCUGCCAUCACCAAGUACAAGACCGAGACUGCUACCAAGACUGUCACCAAGCAGCCUUAUCCUACCUACUACAAGCCCUAA